UACAGCAGGGGUCCAGCACCUGUCAUGUCACUCUCAGUCUCGGUCCAAACCCACUACUUGAAUGUUGCCUGUGAAUUAAUGUUGGUAAUGUAGAGCAGCUCAGCCUCUGUAAACGUUUCAUGGCGAGGACAGGAGCUGCAGGGUGUUAUUUCAUGGAUCUGGUUUUUGUGUGGACACUCGUUCAGAGGGGGCUGCUCCUGCUGCUGUGGAAGCAACAAUUUAUUUUUGGCAUCUGACAUUAAAGCUCACCCUUUGCCAUGGCAGCCGGUCCACGAAGCCGCCACAGCGCCGGGGUCUAACUGGACCUCUUUGUUCGUCCUCUGGCUGCCUAAUGAUCAUGGAUACUCGUCGUAAUAGCGACUGAGCAUCACGGAACACGGCACCCUGUUGUGAGCUGUGGGAGGAGAGCAUUUGUGCUGCCUUGGUGGUGAACCAGCUUCACAGCCAUCAUGACCAAAGAGGAGGAGAUCCCUGACUGGGUGGGAGCCCAGGAGUUUUAUGACAAGUAUGAGUCCAAGGAGAUUCUGGGAAGGGGAGUGAGCAGUGUGGUGCGACGUUGUGUUGACAAACGAACAUCCCAGGAGUACGCGGUGAAGAUCAUCGACAUCACCCCCUCAGAUAAGAUGACCCCACAGGAGAUCGAGGAGAUCAGAGAGGCGACGGUGAAGGAGAUCGACAUCCUCAAGAAAGUCUGCGGACAGGACAACAUCAUACAGCUCAAAGACUGCUAUGAGUCCAAAGCCUUCUUCUUCCUGGUAUUUGACCUGAUGAAGAGGGGAGAACUUUUUGACUACCUCACAGAGAAAGUUACUCUGAGUGAGAAGGAAACCAGGAAGAUCAUGCGCGCCCUGCUGGAGGUGGUCCAGUUUCUCCAUGGCCAGAACAUCGUCCACCGGGACCUGAAGCCUGAGAACAUCCUUUUAGAUGACGAGAUGAACAUCAAACUCACCGACUUUGGUUUCGCUGUGCAAGUCAACCCGGGACAGAAGCUCAAAGAGGUGUGCGGGACCCCUGGUUACCUCGCUCCUGAGAUCAUCGAGUGCUCCAUGGACACAGGAAAUGAAGGAUACGGGACUGCUGUGGAUAUAUGGAGUUCAGGAGUGAUCAUGUACACGCUGCUUGCAGGCUCUCCGCCUUUCUGGCACAGGAAGCAGAUGCUGAUGCUGCGUAUGAUUUUGGCUGGGAGCUACGACUUCUCGUCUCCAGAAUGGGAGGACCGCUCGGACACUGUUAAGGACUUGAUCUCCCGGAUGCUGGUGGUGGACCCAAAGCAGCGAUUCACAGCCAGAGAUGCUCUCAACCACUCGUUCUUUUCGCAGUAUGUGGUGGAUGAAGUACGACAGUUCAGUCCAUUCAGGCGGUUCAAGGUCAUUUGCAUCACUGUUCUCGCCACAAUGCGAAUCUAUUGCAACUACCGUCGUGCCAAACCCGUCACCAAGGAGGUGAUCAAGAGCGACCCGUACGCUGUCAAGCCUAUCCGCAAGCUCAUCGACGCGUGUGCAUUCAAGAUCUACGGCCACUGGGUUAAGAAGGGCCAAACUCAGAACAGAGCAGCACUUUUCGAGAACACUCCCAAAGCCAUCCUGCUGUCGAUGGCCGCCGAGACUGACGAGCCCAUCCACCACAUCUGGUAAUAAGCACUUUAGGACAGAACUGAUAGAGCUCAAUGGUGAUCCAGUCCCACUGUGUGGCUUUUUUAUACCUUUCCUCAUUGUAUAAAAGCAAUGCACUGGUAAAAAUCAUAACCCAGAUUGAUCUAAGUGUCUUUAAUAUGAAGAGUAUGUUGUGCUCAUGAACUGCAGCCCCGAUUACUGCAGUGGGAAUGAUUUAUUAGAAGAGCUCUCAAGCGUGGAAAUGUUGUCACUGUUCCGACUCUUUUCUGUCUUAAAUGGAGAUUAAAAUGACAGAUUUUCUGGUAAAAUUGCAUCUUAAUUUUCAAUUGAACCCAUUCUCAACCAUAUAUCCUCUUAAAACGGAGUUAAUCUUGGAUGUCUGUUCAAAGUGAAUGGAGCCAGAGUGAAACAAAAAAUCUCCAUGAGUAAAAGAUUUCUACUUUCUUUUAGAAUAUAUAAAAAAUUUGAAAGUAUUUUACUCAAGAUUAGAGUGUAGAUUUCAAUCACAUUCAGCGUGAGUUGAAGAAUUUUUGAUUAUUUACGUGAUCUUCUGCAGCAGUGUGUUAUUCUUGUCUUUGCAAACAUCUGUUUUGUCACAACUGUGAAGCUUUGGCUGCUAAGCCCAAGCACUAACUUGUGGAAAUAAUCAACAUUUAGCUGACUGCAAAAUAAAACACUCAUCCUGCAUACUUGAACUGGCAUGGACUUGUCAUCUGAUCAUUAUGCAGGAUGAACUGUGCCAAACCACUUACUGUCCUGUUUGUCGGAAGAUGUCAGCACUUUAAAAUGUAUGCUAUGGCCUUAUUUAUUAAAAUGUGCUUUAAAUACACAAUCCAACUCUUUUUUUAAGAGGUAUUUUAUGGUAUAUGCAAGGUAUUUUUCAUCUUUGUCCAACAACUUCAGCUUAAUGUAGAAAACUAACACACAAGACUCAUUUUGAACACAGUUAUGGGUUUAUUUUAACAGAAGACCAGGAUCAAGUCACAUCCGCAUCAUCUUGCAAGAGUUAAAAUUCAUCAGUUUAGCGUGAACAACAGGCUGCUUUCCCUCGUGGAGCUGUGGGUGGGAAAAGCAAGGACAGAAUUUAGAACUGAGCAGAUCAACUGAAUUUCCCCGCUGUGGGAUCAAUAAAGUUCAUCUUAUCAUAGAGUAAUGAUGUUAUUUUUACCAUGACUGAAGGUGUGGACUCUUUUCUUCCUUAUGUUCCUGCUUCAGAGGCAGACAUGAGGUUGUCCUGCAGAGUUUAGCAAACAAUCAAUACAAAAUGAAUAAUCAGUCAAAAAUAAGAAAAAAACAACAGGUGUGAGGGCAGAGCACCAUCUUCACUGUUCACUUCAAGUGUUUCAAUGUACUCAUUGCUGUGCAGCUGCAUGAGGCUGAGGAAAGCACUCAAACAGUCAUUAAAGCAGAAAUGAGACAA